CUAUAUCUGGUCUCCCACAGCACCACUACUACAGUGAUUUCUGCAAGCUUCCAGGUCCCAUGCCGAAUGGCUGCCAUGCUUCCUUAUAAACUGCUAAAUACCUAUUCUCACCAGCAGUUAGAGCAGUCUUGUGACUUCUAUCAGUGUCCAGCUGAGCACUGGUUAAAUGCUUGUAGGAGGAGUUUUCUUUCUGCUCUAGGAGGAUGCACAACCUCUGACCUCUGUCUGGACAGCACUGAUUGGCCCUGUGCUGAUCACAUGAACUCUCCCAAGAAAAAAAAAAACUCUUUAGCAAUACACACCAUCCAAGCA